UUAGAGAAAGGCGGGUGUCGGUCCCGCGGCCGAGAGGGGGGUCGCGGAGCCGCUGAGGAGGAUUGGCUGCGCCUCCGGGUUUGUGAGCUGGAAGUGGGGAGCGCGCAGCUCGCUGUCUCUGUCCCCGCUCCCUCCCUGGCCGCGCUGCGGCCUCUUCUCUCCCUUCUCUGCCCGAGCUGGCGGUCCGCGUGUGCACGUCCGGUGUCCCUAGAAAGGCAGUUUUAUUUGCAGAGGAAGGCGAAGACGGCGGGGCGUUGCCCGAAUCACCUGUGAACGUAUUUCACGGUGUGGGGAUGGUUACCCGAGGGCCCUCUGCUUUCGCUCGGCCCUUUGGGCGCUUGUGAACAGUUUAUUUUUCUUGCUAUUGUGUGGCUGGCUAUUUAUGGAGCCGUUUGCUGCAGUCUACUCUCUAGGCCCCUGUCUCCGUCUCGGGCUGGAGUUUUAAAUAAAGGAGGUUUCCAAGCCUGAGGGUGCAGUUAUAUAUUUAUUUAAGCUUCAGUUGAGUCUCUCGUUGCAAAAAAGGAAAGAAUAGAAUUCUGGCACAUUUCUGCCUGGGGAUUUCCACGUGAAGGAGUCACCUUAUUUAGGAAAGAGCAUAAUGGCUAUCAGUCCAGGAAGCGAUGGAGGUUUUUCCAGUCAGAAAUCAACAUUUUCAGAGGGUCCUCGAACAAAGAAAUCGCCACUAACUGAAGAGGAGAUAUUUUAUAUGCAUUGUAGAGCUGCCUACUUAACUGUCUUCAAAAGCAGUUUAGAAAACAUUUUUUCUAAAGAUCAACUUUACUUAGCUCUUCAGCAUGCAGGAAGAAAUCCAUCCCAAAAGAUCAUUAAUAAGUAUUGGACUCCUCAAACCACCAAACUGAAUUUUGAUGAUUUUUGUAUGAUUUUAAGGAAUGAAAAACCUACUUCAAAAGCAGAACUGUUAAAAUCAUUUAAGCAAUUAGAUGUAAAUAAUGAAGGCUCUAUUUUACACACUGAUCUUUAUAAAUUUCUAACAAAGAGAGGUGAGAAGAUGACUGGAGAAGAAGUAAAUGCCAUAAUAAAGUUGGCUGAUGUAAAUGCUGAUGGCAGAUUUGACUACAUCAAGUUUUGUAAAUUAUAUAUAACAACCAAUGAGCAGUGUCUCAAGACUACACUAGAAAAACUGGAGGUUGACAAUAAACUGAGGCGUCAGCAGUUUGGAAGCCACAUGGAAGGGUACCCUGAAAGAGACCCGUCACCCGUACCAAAGCCAUCACCUAGACUCAUCAGAAAAGGUGAUCAGGAAACAUUCUCAAAUAAAGGUGAUACCAGGAGUUCUUUACUGUCAACAACCAGAAAGUUCAAAACAUCUGUUUCCUUUGCAAUUACCAUGAGUGCUAAUAGUAACCGAAACGCAAAGUUAACUGAGCCAAACUUAAUAAAGGACUGGCAAUGCAUACAGUCGAAAGGUUGCUUCUUCUUAGAGGAAGAUGGUGAAAUUAUCAGUCAUCAAUACAGGAUGCAAAUAGCUCAGAGGUCCAUGGUUUAUCUUACAAUUAAGCCAUUAAAACUGAGUCAAGUUGAAGGAAAACCGUCCCCUUGGUUAUCAGUUGACACUGCCUUAUAUAUUCUUAAGGAAAACGAGAGUCAAACAAACCUACAGCUCGUGUGUUUUACUGAACUACAAAAUAGAGAAGUAUUUGGGUGGACUGGUGAACUAGGACCUGGAAUUUACUGGUUAAUUCCUUCCACAACGGGCUGUAGGCUGAGGAAAGAAGUAAAACCAGUAACAGAAGAAGCCCAACUUGUGGAUAGAGAUGAAACAGGGGAAUUAUUUCUUACAAAGGAAUUUAGGUCUACUUUAUCAGAUAUAUUUGAAGUGAUUGAUUUAGAUGGAAAUGGUCUUCUUAGCCUUGAAGAAUAUAAUUUUUUUGAAUUGAGAACGAGUGGUGAGAAAUGUCAUGAAGAUGCUUGGGCUAUCUGCAGAGAGAAUUUCGAUACUAAGAAAAAUGAACUAACCAGACAAGGAUUUAUGGAGUUGAAUUUAAUGGAAGCCAAUGACAGAGAAGGAGACCCUCGCGACCUGUGGGUGACUCUGCACUCGAUGGGCUAUAAUAAAGCCCUGCAGUUGACAGAGGCAUGUCCAUUUGUCAUCAAUAUCUAUGCAGAAAAAUGCAAGCCAAGAAUUAAACCUGUUCAUUUGGAGCCCUGCAGUGGGCAACUUGAGAAGGCCAUUUGUAAAUCGGUUCUUAACAAAGGUGAUGCCAAAUUAAUGGAUGGCUAUGAAAAUAUAAUUGUACAUACUUAUAAUUGUGAAACCUGGAUAACUUCAGUUAUUGAAAACAAGUCAGAUGAUAAAGUGAUUAUUCACGUCAACAAUGAGUUAAGUAAAAACUGUGUGAACAACAGAGGACUCAACGUAUUUGCAGUAGAAGUGGCACCAAAAUCUACAAUGGUUUGUCAACAUGUAAUGCCUCUGAAUGAACAACAAGAAUGGACACAUUAUUGUGUGUAUUCCCUUAUUUCUUAAAUAAUCCUACCUGGAACUAUCAAACUAAGAAUUAUUUCAGAUUUAGUCUGUUAUUCCUUAAUCAACUAAUACUACUGAAUUUAACUGAUAUACCUACAUAAUAACCUAUUUAAUUUAUAUGCAUUUACACUUUAUGUCCAUGUUAUAUACUUUAUUAUUAAAAUAUAAAUAAUGUUUU